GGAAUAAAGAAGCCCACUCUAACCGUCCUCCCCACCUCCAAAGAGGAGGGGCAGCAGAGUGGCGUCUCACUGGUGUGUGUGUCCAAUGGGGGCUUCCCGUCCACCUGGACGCUGGGCUGGAAGGUGGGGGGCAGCAGCAUGUCCUCAGGGGUGUCGGACAGCCUGGAAGUGCUGGGAGGGGACGGCCUCUACAGCCGCAGCAGCACGCUGAGCCUCUCUGCAGAGCACUGGCGGAGGGCGGGCUCAGUGAGCUGUGAGGCCACUCUGAGUGGACAGAGCCCCGUCAUCCAAAGCCUGGAGCCUGACCACUGCUCCGAGAGGUUUUUGUACAGCCGCUUAAUGAGUUUGUAUCACUGUGGUACACUUUUGGUGGAGGAACCAAACUCAUCGUUGACUCUCUCUGGGGGCUCGGCCACGCUGGCCUGCCUGCUCACCGGCUACUCCCCUCAGGGAGCGGUGGUCAGCUGGGAGGUGGACGGUACCCAGGUGACAGAGGGGGUCCUGACCAGCCCAGAGGAGGAAAAGGGCGGCCGCUACGGCAGCAGCAGCACCCUGAGCCUGAGCCGAGAGAGCUGGACGAAAGGAGAGCUGUUCUCCUGCAGGGUCCUCCAUCAUGAGCACAGGCAGGUCCAGUCCCUCCGGAGGAGCCAGUUGUGUUCUGCCGGCUAUCCUCCUGAAUUUGGAGAAGGAACCAAGCUAACAGUUCUGGGUGAGACGAUCGCAAAAGAAGAUUCACUGAAAGACAAAAAAGACCACGAUGUCACCCCACCAAAAGUGAAAGUUUUUCCACCCUCAAAAGCAGAGUGCAAAAACCAAAAGGACAAGAAUACGAGGAAGAAGACCCUGCUCUGUGUGGCCACUAAAUUCUAUCCGGACCACGUCUCUGUUGUCUGGAACAUUAAUGGGAUUGAACCGGAGGUUGGCGUGGCGACGGACAGCGCUGCCGUGCGGGAUGGAAAGUUCUACAAAAUCACCAGCAGGCUGAGGGUCCCUGCAGAAGUCUGGUUUGACCCCCAGAAUCAGUUCAGCUGUACUGUCAAAUUCUUCGAUGGAAAAGAUUACAUAUCUGUGACUGACUCAAUCUAUGGUGUAACAGAGGUUUAUCUGAAGAUCACACAGAAUGCCAAACUCUCCUAUGUUGUGUUUAUCGUGAAGAGCUGCGUCUACGGAGCCUUUGUCUGCUUUUUGGUGUGGACGUUUCAGGAGGCAAACGCCUUCAUCUUUUCAGAGAAGAAGGUCUGGGCUGUUGUUGAGGAGGAGGAAAGUAAGUGGGGCGUGAAACCUGCAGAGGAGCAGAGAGCGGCAGCAGAGCUCAGGAUGUGGUCACAGAGCAGCCUGCAGCUCCUGCUCCGUGCUGAGAAACCACCGAGGCGAAACCUUCCUCUGCACCACAACCUCCGGCUCUCCUCGCGCACCUGCAUGUGUGCAGCAACACCCACGCAAACACACAAACACGCUGCACGUGUGUUUAUGAUGGACUAUGAUGUUGAUGACACCUUUUCAACAGGCUCUUCCAUGAGCAACAAAGUCCAUCAGACUCCAGCUGACGCACUCCACAGGCCCGGAGAGGCAGCCGUCAUCAACUGCUCGCAUUCGAUUAACAGCUACGAUAGAAUUUUCUGGUACAAGCAAAUGAAAAACCAGAUUCAUCUCCUGGGAUACAUGAAUUCUCAUUUGGGAUUUCCAGAGAAAGGAGUAAAAGCGGCGAUAACCGGGAGCUCGAGUAAAGGCCGCGUGUGCACGAUAACAGUGGAGGACCUCGAGGUGAACAGCAGUGCGGUUUACUUCUGUGUUGCCGAUUACCACAGUUCUUCUUUCAGUAACCUGGUCCAUCAGGUUCCAGGUAACAUCCACAGCACAUCAGGAGGAACAGCUCAGAUCUACUGCAUACACACUAUCCCAAACUACAACCAAAUCCUUUGGUACAAGCAGUCGGGGAAACAGCUGCUCUUCCUCGGAUAUAUGCAUUACAAGGAUGGGUACCCAGAGGCCGGACAGAGUGUGAAGAUGGAUGGAGGAGCAACAACAGGCCAAAAAUGCAUAUUAACAGUUGAAGGGCUCAGUUUGAGCAGCAGCGCGGUGUACUACUGUGCUGCAAAGUUCCACACUGGCUCAUAUCACUCCUCCUCCAAACAAAAACCUGCCUUUCAUGAUUCUUCUUUGAACGACCAUGUUGACCAGAGUCCUGUCCACAUCUUGAAAAACCCAGGAGAAUCUGCCACAAUAAACUGUUCACACUGGAUUCAGGGCUACAAUCGGAUCCUCUGGUACAAACAAAUAGAUCAAGGGCAGCUUCAGUUUCUGGGACACAUGUUUGUAGACAUAUGGAAUCCUGAAGAUGGAGCAGACGUGACAGUGGAGGGGAAUGCCGAUAAAGGCAAAACCUGCACCUUAAAAACUGGACCUCUCGCCCCGAACAGCAGUGUGUUAUUUCUUUGUGCUGCGAGUCUACACAACGCUACAUAUUUCCUCUCCUCAUCACAAAAACCUCCACAUCUGCUCCUGUGUGUUACAGCCCAAGGGGCCUUUGCACCUGUAUCAAGCUUUUCUCGGCAGAUCCAGGUCGAACAGUUUCCCUUGGAUGUGAUAGAAAGGACCACCAGCACCAUUCAGCUUUACUGCACACAAAGCCUGAAGGACCACAGAGUGAUGCUGUGGUACAUGCAAACACCUGAGGACACGGCUCUGACACUAAUCGGAUUUGCAUACGGAGAGUUCGGAACCAACAGCGUGGAAGAGCCGUUCAGAAAACAUUUCAAAUUGUUCGGUAAUUUGAAAGAAGAUUUGAAAAAUGGCACACUUUCCAUAGAAAAUCCAAACCCGCUGAAGCACACGGGCACAUAUUUCUGUGCAACCAGGAUAGCACACCGUGUCAAGCAUCCAUACGCCCUGAACAAAAACCCCUCCUAUGGCCUCUUAUCGUCCUACUUCCAAAGGCAGGUUGAAGAGUGGCCCCCCCCAACCACCGCCAAACAUAUCCAGGUCAAACAGUUUCCCUUGGAUGUGAUAGAAAGGACCACCAGCACCAUUCAGCUUUACUGCACACAAAGCCUGAAGGACCACAGAGUGAUGCUGUGGUACAUGCAAACCCCUGAGGACACGGCUCUGAGACUAAUCGGAUUUGCAUACGGAGAGUUCGAAACCAACAGCGUGGAAGAGCCGUUCAGAAAACAUUUCAAAUUGUUCGGUAAUUUGAAAGAAGAUUUGAAAAAUGGCACACUUUCCAUAGAAAAUCCAAACCCGCUGAAGCACACGGGCACAUAUUUCUGUGCAACCAGGAUAGCACACCGUGUCAAGCAUCCAUACGCCCUGAACAAAAACCCCUCCUAUGGCCUCUUGUCCUAUUCUCCCGCUUACUUUGGCAGAGGCACCAAAGUCACUGUCUUGGAUUCGAAUAUCAAUAUCACCGAGCCGACCGUGAAAAUUCUUCGCCCCGCACAAAAAGAGAUCAGGAACAAACGGGACGACGCAGAGAAGAAGACCCUGGUCUGCGCGGCCACGCGUUUCUAUCCGGACCACGUCAGCAUCUACUGGCAAAUCAACGGGGAAGAUGCCACCGAUGGCGUGGCGACUGACCACGCGCCCGUCCAGGGGAACGACUCCUUCUACACAAUCACCAGCAGGCUGAGGGUCCCUGCCCAGAAAUGGUUCUCCUCCAAAACUAAAUUCACCUGCGCAGUCAGGUUCUUCAAUGGAUCUGCGUACAACUGGAGCAAUAAAACGAUAAGCGGGGAUAACGUUGGGUACAUGAGGCUCACACAGAACGCCAAACUCUCCUACACCGUCAUCAUCGUCAAGAGCUGCAUCUACGGGGCCUUCGUGUGCUUCCUGGUGUUGAAGCUU